AUGGAGCAGACAAGUCCUGAAUUUCCAAAGGAGAUGAUGAAGAUGAACAUAUACAAGUCGAAGCUGCAAGAGUUUUGUCAUGGGAAGAAAUGGGCACCACCAAGGUACACAUGCAUGAAGGAUGGAGCAGACCACAUCCCUCAGUUCAAGGCUUCUGUGCUUGUCAAUGGCCUCAAUUUCGACACCCUCAGCCCCUGGAAAUCCCGGAAAGAAGCUGAUAAUGAAGUUGCCAAGCUUGCCUUCCUUUACUUCUCUUCAGGGAGUGGAGAACAAAAGGCUACUGAAACACACAAGAAUCCUGAUGAUUUUGGCAUUAAUCCUGAUUCUGAACAGCAAUACAAAAAAAAGCUACAGAUCUAUGCGAAAAGAAUGAAACUCGGUUUACCAACAUAUUGUGUGCAAAGGGAGGGAGUACUUGAUGAUCUUUGCUUCAAGGCUAUAGUUUCACUUAGUGGUGAAUCCUUCAAAAGUCUAGGGGGUUAUAAGAGUGCAAAGGAAGCAGAAGAAGAUGCUGCUCGGUUCGCUUUAAUGUCACUCACCUCAGCUGCUUUUAAAGAGAGCGUCAAGCGUUCUUACAAAAGCCUCUUGCAAGAACUGGGACAAAGCAAAGGACUUGCCAUGCCUGCAUAUAUGACAACAAUGUCUGGCAAACAUCAUAAUCUCACAUUUUUAUCGAGUGUGGAAAUUGAUGGGAAUGUUUUCCAUGGGACUGCAGCAAUGUCCAAGAAACAGGCUGAGAAUAAUGCUGCAAAGGUUGCUUACAUGUCUUUGAUGGGAGAAGAAGACCCGCUAGCCACGGACAUUUCAUUGGAAUCUUUGUCUCUUUCGCCUAAAGCAAGCGAUUCGAUUGUGGAUCGAAGCACCAAGGGGACAGCAGAAAUGAAAACCUAUCUGCUCUGCAACAGGUUCAAAGUGUAUAAUCACAUUCCAGAUAUGGCCUUACCCAAAGGGACUGUUCUGCUUCCUAUCAGGGAUGGUGAGUGGGUUAUUGCAAGCUUGGAAUUCCCCAGCCAAAAGUGA